CAUCCCACCGCCAGCGCGUUACCGCCUCCAGUCUCGACGUCAGCAGAGCCUCGCAGCCUGCACGGUCUCCCUCGCGCCCCGACGGCGUGCCCUGUUCAGUUGUUGUCCCACCGCGACGCGUGCCGUUCGUGCCCCUGACGUUGACGCGGGGCUCCAGCGCCUACCGCUCCCACUGCAGCCACUGCCUUGCCGCGCCAUUGGAAGUCCAUCCCUCGCCCGUCCCAGAUCCCGCCCUCCACGUCUCGCCCACCGUCUCCUCCACCCCGCCGCCAUGGACCUCCCGCCCGAGCAGCCCCCCGCCGACGUGCACGAGGCGCCCGACGCGCUCCCGCCCGCCGACGACCCCGACGCCGACCUGACCGCCAGCACCGUCACCGCCAACGUGUCGCCGCCGCCGCAGUUCCACCCCAGCAACCCGCCCGCCAGCGCAUACACCCCCGAGCCCCAACGGCCCUCGACCUCGUACUCGGACACGGCCUACCAGUACCCGCACAACGGCACGCGCUUCAACUCGUCCGACGCCGACACGCCCCCGCGCGCCUACCACGACCCCAAGGACACACAGCACCCGCAGUCGCAGUCGCGGCCCAGCUCGCAGAUGGGCCGCUACUCGACGUCCGAGGCCGGCGGCCGCUCCAACUCGUACCAGGACCAGAACGCGCGCACCACCGCCCCCGAGCCCGCCAAGAACUCGUCCGUCGUCAUCAAGGUGGGCAUGGUCGGCGACGCCCAGAUCGGCAAGACCAGUCUGAUGGUCAAGUACGUCGAGGGCAGCUGGGACGAGGACUACAUCCAGACCUUGGGCGUCAACUUCAUGGAAAAGACAAUCUCCAUCCGCAACACAGAAAUCACCUUCUCCAUCUGGGACCUCGGCGGCCAGCGCGAGUUCGUCAACAUGUUGCCCCUCGUGUGCAACGACGCCGUCGCCAUUCUCUUCAUGUUCGAUCUCACCCGCAAGAGCACGCUCAACUCCAUUAAGGAAUGGUACCGCCAGGGCCGCGGCUUCAACAAGACCGCCAUCCCGUUUCUGGUCGGCACCAAGUACGACCACUUUGUCAACUUCCCGCGCGAGGAGCAAGAGGAGAUUUCGAACCAGGCCAAGCGCUUUGCGCGCGCCAUGAAGGCCAGCCUCAUCUUCAGCAGCACAAGUCACAGCAUCAACGUGCAAAAGAUCUUCAAGAUCGUCCUGUCCAAGGCGUUCGACCUCAAGUGCACCAUCCCCGAGAUAGAGAACAUCGGCGAGCCGCUACUCCUCUACCAGGCCGUCUAGUCGCCGGAACAGCGUGCACCGCCUGAUCGGAGAUGGCUGCGGCUCGAGAUGGACUCGCGCGGCCGGCUCAGGCGCUAUGUCACGCCUCAGCGCAGC